AUAAACGAGACAAACAGCAACCUAACCACGAGCGAGAGCCAGUUUAACCGGGAAUACUUUCCCAUCUUUUCUCAAAUCGCUUCCCGGAAAAUCCACCAAGAGAACCAUUCGCAUUGUUGCAUCUCCUUUGGAAUUCUCUGCACACACACACGGAUUUCUCAGUAUUCAUCUCUCGUGAGUGUCUGUGAGAGAGAGAGAGAGAGAUGGAGAAAGCUAUUGACAGACAGAGGAUUUUGCUUCGUCAUCUAAAUCCAGUUUCUUCUUCUCUUUCUUCUCGUAUAGACCAUGAUCCUGCUAUUUUGUCUGCUGUCAAUUGUGCCGCCGGAGAUUUCUCUGCUUAUUCCCCGAUGGCUGCCUUUGGAGAUGACAUUGUGAUUGUAGCGGCACACCGAACUGCCAUCUGCAAGGCGAGACGCGGUGGUUUCAAGGACACACUUGCAGAUGAUCUUCUUGCUACUGUCCUCAAGGCAAUGGUGGAAAGAACAUCGUUGGACCCUAGUGAAGUUGGGGAUAUAGUUGUCGGCACAGUUAUCGCACCUGGUUCUCAGAGAGCCAUGGAGUGCAGGGUGGCAGCAUAUUACGCCGGUUUUCCCGACUCCGUGCCGAUCAGAACUGUCAACAGACAAUGCUCUUCAGGACUACAAGCAGUUGCUGAUGUUGCUGCUUCCAUUAAAGCAGGAUUUUAUGAUAUUGGUAUUGCUGCUGGGGUGGAAUCUAUGUCAACAGAUCAUGUGGCAGGAGGCGGAUUUCGUGUCGUCAAUCCAAAAGUAGAAGAUUUUCCAAAAGCUCGUGACUGUCUGCUUCCUAUGGGCAUCACAUCUGAAAACGUCGCAGAAAGAUACGGAGUCACAAGGGAAGAACAAGACAUGGCUGCAGUGGAAUCUCACAAACGUGCUGCGGCUGCCACAGCAUCUGGUAAAUUCAAGGAUGAGAUUGUACCUGUUUCAACCAAGCUGGAUGGUUCUUGCAAGAUUGUGGACCCCGAAACAAAACAAGAGAAGGCGGUCACGGUCUCUGUGGAUGACGGUAUACGCCCAAACUCAAGCAUAGCAGAUUUGGCAAAGCUGAAGCCAGCAUUUAAACCUGGCGGUUCCACAACAGCUGGAAAUGCUAGUCAGGUCAGUGAUGGUGCCGGAGCCGUCCUGCUAAUGAAGAGAAGCCUAGCUGUACAGAAGGGACUUCCCAUUCUUGGAGUAUUCAGAAGCUUUGCUGUCACUGGAGUGGAUCCAGCGGUCAUGGGGGUCGGUCCAGCUUUCGCCAUUCCUGCAGCGGCCAAGCUUGCAGGGCUUAGAGUUUCUGAUAUUGAUCUCUUUGAAAUCAAUGAGGCAUUUGCUUCCCAGUUUGUGUAUUCCUGCAAGAAACUAGAGCUCGACAGAGAAAAAGUCAAUGUUAAUGGAGGUGCCAUUGCCCUUGGUCAUCCUUUGGGUGCCACAGGGGCUAGAUGUGUGGCGACGCUGUUGCAUGAGAUGAAACGGCGAGGAAAAGACUGUCGCUUUGGGGUUAUCUCAAUGUGCAUUGGCACAGGGAUGGGGGCUGCAGCUGUUUUCGAGAGAGGAGAUGCGGUCGAUGAUCUAUCCAAUGCACGGACUGUCAACCUCAACGGUCACUUGUCCAAAGAUGCCAAGUAGAAGAACACAAUCAUGAGUAGGUUUCUGUGUUGUGUUCUUGCAGAGACUUGUGCUACAGAAUGUGUUAAAUCUAAUAAAUGUGAAGCUUUCAUUGAUUUGCAAUGUAUGACUUUAGAUCAUGAAACAAUCUCUUGCAACUUGCUUGA